AUGGCCACGAGACUGCUAAAGUUCAGUGCGAGGACCGGAAAAGAGGCAAGAAUGCUAUUCAUGAUAAUGGAAACCGAUAGCAAGAUUGGGAUCCGUGAUGUCAAGAAGGAUGAGGUCGGUUUACAUCUGGCUUGUGAUUCUGGAACAGGAGGAAUACAAGUUUCCUUACCAACAGCACGAGGCGAUCUUUGUUACGAUGAUGGAUGA